AUCCACUACAUGAAUAGAAAAAACAAAAACAAAUUACUCAAUACUCAGUGUUCACACCAAACUACAUUAGUUUAACAUUAUAUACCUGUAUGAGAAAACUCGUGAGUUGAUUGGUUCGGUGUAAACACUUACGUGAGGAAGUUUUUUCCUUCAUCCAGCUAGGACAUCAAUAAUGUUAACUUUGGGACUUAGGAACAAAUCAGUGAUAUAUAUUAGAAUCAGCAUUCAUCUACCUUCCUCAUUACUUUUUCUGUACUAGUAUAUAUGUACAUGUUUGUUCUGCUACUACAAGUCACUGGACAGUAGAUCGGGAGGGGAAAAAAAAGGAUCAAUUUUUUCAUCAAGAAAGUGAAAAAUGGAGAGAUGGGGGGGCUUAUAUGUGCUUAUCUUGGCAAUCAUAGUGAUUCUUGGCGGAGCUGAUGGGCAGCUACAAGAGAACUUCUACGCUUUUACCUGUCCUAAUGUGGAAUUCACAGUUCAACAGGCUGUGGCUACAAAGUUCAGCCAGACUUUUGUCACUAUUCCAGCGACUCUGCGUCUCUUUUUCCAUGAUUGCUUUGUUGAGGGCUGUGACGCCUCUGUUAUGAUAGCUUCACCGGAUGGAGACGCGGAAAAGGAUUUCAAGGAUAACCUUUCCCUUGCAGGAGAUGGAUUUGACACUGUGGUAAAGGCUAAAGAAGCAGUAGAGGCUCUUUGCCCUGGGGUAGUAUCAUGUGCAGAUAUCUUAGCAAUCGCCGCCAGAGACGUUGUAGUGCUGGCAGGAGGCCCUUCGUACAAUGUAGAAUUGGGACGUCGUGAUGGGCUCAUCUCCAAGGCAUCUCGGGUUGCUGGAAACUUGCCAGAACCUAACUUCAAUCUCAUUCAACUGAACACAAUGUUUGCCAGGCACAAUCUCAGCCAGUUUGACAUGAUAGCUCUUUCAGGGGCUCACACACUUGGCUUCUCUCACUGUGACCGUUUUGCAAACCGUAUCUACUCAUUUACCCCAUCCAACCCUGACCCUUCUUUGGAUCCAGAAUAUGCUAAACAACUUAUGGGAAUGUGCCCUCAAAAUGUAGAUCCUUCCAUUGCUAUAAACAUGGACCCUGUGACUCCACGAACCUUUGACAACGAGUAUUACAAGAAUCUGGUUGGAGGAAAGGGUUUGUUCACCUCAGAUCAGGUGCUCUUCACUGAUGAAUCAUCUCAAGGCACUGUUAAUGACUUUGCUAAUAACGGUUUCGACUUUAAUGGAGCUUUUGUCACUGCAAUGAGAAAACUCGGAAGGGUUGGAGUCAAAACUGGUGAUAAAGGUGAAAUAAGACUGGACUGCAGCAGGUUCAACUCAUAAGCCCCAAGGCCUAGCCUUCAACAAAAGUGAAAAAAAUUGCUUUGUAAAACCAUUAAAGUAGUCCGAGGAGUGGAAAUAAUUUGUUGUUCUUUUUCUUUGGAAAUAUUUGAUGUAAUUGGUUAAAUAAAUCACAUGUUUAAGGUCCAGAGAUUGGAUUUCUUUGAA